CCCGUGGCGACGCCGGCGGCGGCGGCGUCGGGCGGCGAGCCCCUGCGGCCGCUCCCAGCAUGCCUCGGUGUCCCGAUCGAUCGCCGAACUCCCAGCGUUCGGUAACACCCGUCGACGACACUGCGGGGAACGUCUAGAAGCCGGGCUCGUCCAAUGGCUGCAGCAGCGUCCACGUACUAGGGCUGCAAGAUCAAGGUGUGGCCAUGCUGCGAAGUUUGUCCCUGUUGGUCCUGGGUGCCGGCCUGGCGCUCUGCCUGGACCUGGAGUCUCUUCAGCGCACGUCCCACUUCCCCGUGCCCACGACGAGCAUGCACCGGAAGAGGGCCGAGUCGCCCGAGGACCUGCAAGACAUGGGCGACAAGGAGCGCCUCUACUACCAGCUGCUCUCCAGCCGGAUGGCCAGGCUCCUUCCGUCACUCCUGGGCGAGGCAGACCUCGGUCCCGACGGCGAGGAGGACCUCGACGACGGUCAGGACGAGAGUGCCGGUGGAGUUCCUGACCAGGAAGCCGACGAGGUGAUGAUGUACUUGCCCAAGAGGCGCGUGGUACAUCCAUCCAGGUCCAUGCAAGACGUAGACUCAUCCCCGGUGUACGGCGUCCGCAAGCGUAUGCCGGUCCUGAAGCGGCGACUCCGGUACCAGGACUCGAAGGACGAGAAGCGCAAAAGGUCCACGCGGCGCUUCAAGGACAGCACGCUGCGCAAGAAGUCGGCGUCGCUGAAGCCCUCCAGAAAGAAGAUGCUGGAGUCUCCGGACAAAAAGUCCGUCUUCAGGGCCGUCCAGCAGCACCAGAAGCAGCACAGGAACGCGACGCAGAAGACAGAGUCCAAGGGGUCUGCGCAGUCGGCCAAGAAGUACAACAUCAUGAAGCGAAGCAGCGGCUCGGACGAAAAGGUCCUCGGGGAACUGCGGAGCAUCUUCAGCGAGGACAGCAAGACGGGACAGAAGAAGACGGUGAAGAAGAGGGAGGACAGCUCGGUGGCUCUGAAAAGCGGCGACGGGGGCUCCGACUCAUCGAAGGCCGAGAGCGACGAGGACAAGUUCAAGAAGUGGCUGCUGGACGAGUACUACCGCACGAUGGCGCUGUCGUUCGCCAGCAUGCGCAAGAAGCGCAUGGCCAUCCACCAGGACACCCUGGACCUGCGCAAGAUGAAGAGGGACGAGCAGCAAGCCGACGACCAGUUCCAGGCGGUGGAAGAGAAGCUGCGUGGCAUCGAGGACGCCAUGAUCGGCGAAGCCCUUGAACUGGUGCGCGACGGCGCCGGCGACGAGUCCGACCUGCGAGCCAUCAACGCCGGCGUAGCGUCUCGGCUGGACGCCGCCUACGACCUGGAGAGCGUGCGACAGUCCCUGGGCCACCUGGAGGCCACGCUGGACACCAUGCGACGCAGGGAAGACGGCGAUGACGCCGGACAGCCGGAGGACGUGGACGACGGACCACAGGGAUCCUGGGCGCAGCUCGUGGACAAAGAGGCUCACUCAUUGAUCCCACCUAAGAAACGCCAGGAGGAAGAAGUUUUAACAGAACCAGGCUGUCCCGCUCUGCAAGUGCUCAGCAGCGGAUGCGCGCCCCUCGAGGAUCUGACUGCCUUCGACGCCUCUCUGGAAACGGAAGUUCUGUCUGCCUGCAGCUGGCAUCAAGUGUGCUACACAUGCGGCUCCUUCUUCGGCCUCAGCUCGGACGACUGCGACGAAGGCCUGGGCGUGGCUAACCCGCAGCUGGCGCGGCUAGUCCUCGACUACCUCCUGCGCCGCCAGGUGUUCUUCAAGCGCAGCACUCCCGCGUUGUGUUCGACGUCGUGCGUUUCCGACUUCUUGCUGAACCACUGAUUCGGCAAGAGGAGACGGGCUCAGCUCGUCCCUGGGAUGACGACACCCGCUGCAGCCUUGGCUGGUUCUCGCCGAGCCGGCCGGAGUCCACCGGGCGGAAGGGUAGAAUCCUCCGAUGACGUAUCGUUGACGCGGUCGCGUGCCUCAAAUGGGUGUUCAAGUUUCGCUGUCUUUCGUUCACCGUUUAUCGCAUUUUAUCGUGGGAGGGGGCGGUUGUUGAUCCCGCCGCGACGUCUCAUUGCGGGUGAUUGAUAUAUUAUUAUUCUAUUGCAGAGUAUAGGGCGGUUGAACGUCUCGUGUCGUUGUCGUGGAAGAGAACAUACUACACGCUCAUGUUGUUUUGUCUCAGUACGUCGUUUCGUGGCGGCGCCAGGUCAUUGGCAGUGUCUCGAGACCGUUGCAAGCCAGCACGGGGGGACCAGGGCCGUUUAUGCUGUGAGGAUAUGGCAUUCUGAGUGACCACAAAAUAUCAUCUGACAGCCAGGAAAUAAAGCUGCAUGUUCGGUCAUUCUGUGUUCUUGACGUGCAUGUGACGCCGUUUUGUGUUAUUGCUAACUCAGUUGAAUUUGUGGGCAUGAGCCCCGGCCAUCGACCUAACUGCGCGCGUAAAUGGCUCUGGGAGUGCCAGUCGUAUGCAGUGUAAGGAAGACGGUCGGCGCUGUAGAGUGUCAUGUUGCGCGUGACGUAGGGCAGGUAACUAUCGCUGAUUGGCUGACGGCCAUUGUCGUGCGUCACCAGCAGCUUUUUUUAUUUUGUUUUUUUGUUUUUUUGUAUACAACUGUUUUAUGUGUGCCAUCUUAAUUUCGGAGUGGGUUGCUUGGUCGUCUUUUUGUUGUUUUUGAUUUCGGUGUGGUUUGUUCCCGAUCUCGCGGUAUUUGUGCUUACAAGUGAAGGGUCAGGACGCAGGAGCCUUCUUCAGGGACUUAUUUUGCAUUGCUGCUGUUUCUUGUCUCGGGGAAGUGAUGCAAUACCAGUGACGCCCUCCUAAAACCCAUGAUUUUGUUUGGUGACUGCGUAAACAAAUAAAAAGAAACGAAGUGGAAGCCCCGUGACGACGUCGGUGCAAUACUUGUAGAGCCGAGCUCCGUGUCUGCCAUGGUAACCGCGUUGUCCGUUUCGGUUCGUUGCUCUGUCUCGGAAGCUUUCGCCAGCCAAGUGAAUAGUCUACGUGCCAUCAUGAAUGUUCCCAAAAAGAAAACAAAAUCGAGAAUGUGUAUAUUGUGUGCGACCUAAAUAAAAAUGCAUACUGUUCUACUAAUCUUAA